GUCGUCUGGGACUUGGGCCUCGGUCCUGGGGACGAGCGUUGAGCGCCUGGUGUGUGUGCUGGGCGGUGCGAGGACCCGCGAGCCGGAGGGCCUGGCGAGUUCCGAAGGUCCAGCCCGCCUUAGCCCGGGAGCGCGGGGGCUGCACGUGCAAAGGUGGCGGGAGUGAUGGCGCCCCUUGGGGAAGGGAGCGAUGACCCCGUGCUGCCAGACCUGCCCCCGGGGCCCCUGCAUGCAGCCCGCGCGCGCGCCUCCUUCCCCUGGAAGGAACUGGCGCUGUUCUGGGAAGGGCCGGACAUGCUGCGCUUCAAGAAAAACAUCUUCUCGGCUCUGGAGAACGACCCCCUCUUCGCCCAUCCACCCGGCAGUCUCUCGCUGGAGAAGUACCGGGAGCUGAACUUCCUGCGCUGCAAGCGGGUCUUCGAAUACGACUUCCUCCGCGUGGAGGACUUGCUGGGGAGCCCGCAGAGGGUCCUGGCGCUGAUCCAGUGCCUGGGCAUGUACGACUGGUCCCUGGCCACCAAGUUCUUCCUGCACACGCUGACCUUUGGAUCAGCGAUCUACAACUCUGGUUCUGAAAGGCAUUUCAAAUAUCUUCCAAAGAUCUUCAAUAUGGAGAUUUUUGGAUGUUUUGCUCUGACUGAAGUGAGUCACGGGAGUAACACCAAGGCCAUGCGGACGACUGCUCACUAUGACCCCACCACUGAGGAACUCAUCAUACAUUCCCCUGAUUUCGAAGCUGCCAAGUUCUGGGUUGGCAAUAUGGGCAAGACGGCUACGCACGCGGUGGUGUUUGCUCAGCUGUACACGCCGGAGGGCCAGUGCCACGGGCUGCACCCCUUUGUCGUGCAGAUUCGGGACCCGAAGACCCUUCUUCCCAUGCCAGGGGUGAUGGUUGGCGACAUCGGAAGGAAGCUUGGACAGAACGGUCUGGACAAUGGAUUUGCCAUGUUCCACAAGGUCAGGAUUCCUCGCCAGGACCUGCUGAACCGCUCAGGAGAUAUCACCCCCGAGGGCACCUACAUCACCCAUGUUAAGGACGCCAGGCAGCACUUCAGCGAGUCCCUGGGCAGCCUGUCCUCCGGCCGGGUCGCCAUCGCGGGCAUGUCCGUCGUGAACCUAAAGCUGGCCAUAUCCAUAGCUCUGCGUUUCUCAGCCACCAGGCGUCAGUUUGGACCCACAGACAAGGAGGAAGUACCGGUGCUGGAGUAUCCGUUGCAGGUACAGCUUCCGCAGCAAUGGCGCUUACUUCCGUACCUGGCCGCGGCCUAUGCCUUGGACCACUUUUCCAAAUCGCUCUUCCUGGAUCUGGUGGAGCUUCAGCAAGGCCUUCUGGGGAAAGACCGGAGUGCCAGGCAGGCAGAGCUGGGACGCGAAAUCCACGCCUUGGCGUCGGCCGGCAAGCCCCUGGCCUCGUGGACGGCCCAGCGCGGAAUCCAGGAGUGCCGGGAGGCGUGCGGAGGACACGGCUAUCUGGCCAUGAACCGUCUGGGAGACCUCAGAGAUGACAACGACCCAAAUUGCACGUACGAAGGUGACAACAACAUCUUGUUGCAGCAGACCAGCAACUACCUGCUUGGCCUGCUGGUGCGCCGGGACCAAGGCGGUGCCCGCAUCGAGAGCCCGCUGAAGACCGUGGACUUUCUGGAAGCCUAUCCCAAUAUCCUUGGCCACAGGUUCGAGGGUUCCAGCCCUGAGGACUGCUUGGACUCCUCAGUCCCGCUGGCGGCAUAUGAGUGGUUGGUCUGUUACCUGCUCCGCGAGAGUUAUCAGAAAUUAAAUCAAGAGAAACAGUCAGGAAGCAACGACUUUGAAGCAAGAAACAACUGUCAGUCAUUGUGCUUCUCUCCAAGGAGGCUCGGUGAGAUUGGCCCAAGGGCAGCUCUGCUUCUCACUCUGGGACAGGGCUGCCUCUCGUAUCUGGAAUCCCUAGCACGAAAACAGCCGCUCUAAACGCCUCUUUACCCGGAAUCUGGUCCUGCAGUGGUCCGUGGGCCCCGUGCAUCUAUAGUGACGGGUGUCAUUUGGGAAAAACAUAGCCCAGGAAACUUCUAAAACUGGUGUCAUCCCUUCUCCUUGGACACUGGGCGAUGGAGCCUCCCCCGAGAGCCUGGGGCCACGUCUGCCCAUCACCUCCGAGGGCCCUGCCCCCUGUGCUGCGAGGGACAGCUUCACCCCCUUGAGCAGAUGCAGCCAGAGCAGAGCAGGCAUCCAGGGACCUGCUGGGCACGCCUGCCCCAGGAAGGGAGAGGAGCACACAAGGACGGGUCUUCACUGGAAAGGCUCCGACCGAGGGCGAAUAAACCCAGAUCAAACCUGUGUCUUCAAUGAAUUCAGCAGACAUCAAGGUUGGUGAAACCCUAGUUCAGUGCAGGAACCCGAGAAAGAAGGUGUGAACACAAUCCUUCCACGUGGGCUGGGGCCACGGCACCCUCGGUCACUCGGACACCGACGGCUGCGGAGUUCCUCCUUUCUCUGCAUUGUAGCCCAAGACCCCGAAGAGAUGGAGGACACAGAGGUCACCCAUUCCCACCACAUCCGAAUCCCGCAGAGCUGCCCAGAAGGUCACCACAGGUCUCGUCUGAGCCGUUCUGUGACACCGCCGUGCCCGCCGGCCUGUGCCCGGCACCUGCACACACAGACAACAGAACCCGAGUGUGUGGCUUGGUCGUUUGAGAAGGAAUUCACAUUUAGACCUUCGACUGGGAACUUGGCAACGGCACUUCAGUGAGCCUCGUGGCAGAGGACAGGAGGGGCCAGCGUACCCAGCCUGGGUCCAGCCAAGACGGGUGUCCCUGGGGAGAGCCUCAGAGCUGAGGUGUGGCCAGACGGAGCGGCCGUGAUGUGGACUGGAAGGCAGCCGCGGGGCUUGGAGGGGAAGGUGACCCGAGAGCGGGGCUGCGUUCUCCAGACCUGGUCUGGAUCACGGAGCAUUGAGAGUGAGCGCUGGGUCAUCCUGACAGCUGAGAGCGCCUCAGAGCCCUGGGCCGGACGUUCAGGGUCCUGUGGAGAUGUGGUCCCCGCCCGCAUGGUGACGGGAGCAGCAGUAGAGCAUGAGAGGGAAACUUCAGCGAAUGUUUACGUGCCCUUGGCGGGACGAGCUGCUCAAGUACGACAGGAAACUCAGAGGCUGCGGAAGAAGACAAAACUGUCAGCUCUGACUACACAUACGUUCACCCUUUCUAAAUAGCAAAAGAUACUACAAGCGAAGUCAGAAGACAGAUUCCAGUCUGGGGAAGCAUGAAACGUACGUAACCGACGGUAAGAAAGAGUUCCUACAGAUUGAGGGUCAGCCUGGCCCGGAAACCAGCCACUGGCCCGAGGUGGCAGCCACAGCAGUCGCUGACCAUGAACCAGGACCAGGGAUGUGCAGGUCAGAGGACAGUGUCUGAUGGACAAGGGCCACUCCAUGCGCUGUCAGCCGAGGGUGUGAACUAGUGUGCCCUUUGGGGGAGGUUACUGGCUGCUUUUGUGAAAAUAUAA